AUGCAUCGUCUUUUUGCUGAGCUGGAGCCAUCUUUAACCGUCUCAGAGCAAAACCUGGCAGACCGGGUUCGGUAUAUCUUGCGCUCAAAUAUAUUUGAUGUCGCCGAACUCGAACGACUACGACGUGAGGCUGUUCCCUCGUCGGAUGAAAAUGCUACGGCUGAGGAUGCGGCGCCACAAAUUGCAGAGCAACCCGCAAACGUGAUUGCCGCCGUGAAUACCCCAGUUGUGGUUGAUUCAAACGAUGAUGGAACAGUCGCCCAGGAACUGGAAUUAGAGCAUAUGAGGAGUACAUUGGAAGAGGCGAUUGUGGAAACGCGCAGUACGCCUCUCGAAAAUCGACCGCGACUUCCCCCGCAUAGCGCUAAGCAAGCGGAAUCGGGCUGUCGUGAGGGCUCUGAACCCAAUGCUGGUGACCUAUUUGGAAACCAGCCGGGACCUUUGCGAGACGGACUCAAUCCUUUUUGGCGCCGCGCUGGCAGUGUGCCGUAUUAUAGGCGCCAAGUUUUCCACGGCUGGACGCGCUACUGGCCAAAGUAG